CAGGGUCAGCCUUGCUCAUGGGCGCCGCUGACCCGCCAGACAAGAACACACAACAGCUUGUCGUUUGACCUGCACACAGGUCCGAGCCCCGGGGGACGGCGAGGCCCGGUCAGCUGAUGAUGAGCAGGAGGACGAUGAAGAGUCCCACUGUGAGGUGUGAACCCCCUCCGCACAAACAUGCAUGAAUCCCGGGCAGGAACUGACCUUGACUUUGUUGCCGUCGAUGUCCAGCGUCCGGACGGUGAAGUCCACCCCGAUGGUGUUCUGCUGUCGCUCGGAGAAGGAGCCCGACUUGAAGUUCUGGACCACACAAGUCUUGCCCACGUUGGAGUCGCCGAUCAAAAUGAUUUUAAAGAGGAAGUCAAAAGUGUCGUCGUGUUCUGGUCCAGGAUUCUGCAUGGUGGCCCGCAGGAGUCUCACUUCAGGCUGUUUGAUUCGGUUAGAUGAGUCCACAUGGAGCCAGAAAAACCAGUUCAGGAACGUCGUCUGUCAACAUGCAACUGCUGGAGAAAACUGCACUUUAAUGGCCCGGAACCCAAAGUGGCGGCGUGAGCCGGGACGGCGGUCACCUGGACGGGCCUGAACUUGAGGAGAGGCGCAGCGGCUGAAAAGGUCCGGACCGUCCGCUGGAUGGAAACAAAGAGGCGGCGUGCGUGGCUCCCACCUGACGACUGCGUUCCUCUGAGCACCUGACGCGCAACAAUCCCGUGCGACCUGUUCCUGAGCACAGGCCCCGCCCACUCGCCACACCUCAGCAUUGUGGGAAAGCGAGUCCAGCCGCACGGUGGUGACCGUGGAUCGCACCUGGACGUCUGCGUGUCCGGGAAAGCAGCGAACCCUUCCUCCGCACACUGCUUCCUGUGGCGCGGCAACGUUUAUUUUGAAAAGAUGCAACCGGAAGGAGAGUGGCGCGCGCCAUGCUCGGCGUUAUCAGCGUCAUCAUAACGGUCGGCAUGCUGGUUAUUGUCUCGGGCACCGUCAGCCACCGAGGAGCAGCAAGUGCGGCGUCGGCGCUUUGGGGCUCGCUGGGGCUGGUGCGUUUGUUUUCACAUCAAGCGCCGCCUCCGCGUCUCGCGAUAUUUCCCUCGUCCUCCUUGAAAAUCGAUUCUCCUUGAUUCCGACACUUCGCUCUGCACCUGAAGGCAUCACGGACCUCCGGCUCCUCCCGAGCAUCUGCGGCUGAAGGAGCGAGGCGCGCGGGGCGCGAGCAUGCAGCGGAAGGCAGUGAUCGUGGUGGCGGACAAGAGGAGCUUGAAGCGGCCCUUCAUCUUCGCCUGUGCGGUCAACACGGCUCUUUGUUUCUUCCUGCUGACCAUGACGGCAGCUGGUCACCGUGAUCUUCUUCAGGCUGGACAGGUGAGACGUACCCAUCACCUUUGCGCUCCAUUUCAGCACAUGUUCCAUCGAGUGACACCUUCACCUGAUGUGUCUCUCUCACUGGUCACCAUGACGAUGCUCAUGUGUCUCUCACUGGUCACCAUGACGACACAGGUGUUUCUCUCACUGGUCGGCAUGACGACGCUCAUGUGUCACUCACUGGUCACCAUGACGACGCUCAUAUGUCACUCACUGGUCACCAUGACGACGCUCAUAUGUCACUCACUGGUCGCCAUGACGACACUCCCGUGCGUGUCUCUCUCUCUGGUCGCCAUGACGGCGGCGGUGUCCCGGUACCCUGCUCAGCUGGUGUCCCACGGCUCUCUGGUGGUCCUCUACCUGCUGGAGUCGGGCUGCCUCCUGCUGUCGGUGCUGGGGGUGCUGGGCGCCUGCUGGGGGAAGAGAUGGUGCCUGAUCCUGUUUGCCGCAGGCAUGGCGGCCGCCAGCCAGACCAUCAUCGUGAAGACCGCCCUCAGUUACCGCGACAUCUACGAGUCGGGCGUGCUGCGGGAGGAGAGCAAGCUGCUGGCCAUGAUGCCGCUGAGCGGGCCCAGGAGAACCAACAGGACCCUGCUGCACAGCAUCCAAGCACACUUCCAGUGCUGCGGUCUGGUGGAGGGCUACAAGGACUGGGGUCCGGCCAUCCCUGCCUCCUGCCACUGCCAGAGUCCAGGAAGCUGCAUUCGGCUGAGGGGCGUGGCCACGCUGGGAGCGCCCAAGAACCAGUACGUCUAUCAGGAGGCCUGCCUCCCCAUCUACGUCUCGGCUCUGAAGCGAGGAUUCUCUCUGGCCAUGGGCAUCAAGUUCGGGAGCGGGAUCUUCUGGUCCAACAGAUAUGUGGCCGGAGCCUUCUGAGCCCUGGCCGGGCCGUCACUCCACUGCAUGUCAUGCCUGCGACCGGACGUCACGGACCCACUCGCCAGAUCAGGACUCCGACUCCUCCAUGCGCUUCUGUGGCCGGCGAGGGUCCCUGCUGGUGGCUCCCUGCUACUGCAGCUGCUGCACCCACUUCACGGUCACAAGAGACCCACAUUGCCUCCGUCAUCUGGCACAGUUGUGUGUCUUUCUGUCUUGGGCGUCCAGACUGGAAACCACAAUAAAUUGUCACUCAUCUUCUGACUGGGGUUUCUACCUGGGUGGCUCUGUGUUGGCCAGGGUCAUUCAGUGCCUCUCCAGGCACCUGCUGCGACUCCCCUGUCCCUCGACACCUGCUGUGACUCCCCUGUCCCUUGACACCUGCUGCGACUUCUCUCUCGACACCU